ACGACUAGUUGCCUAGAGGCCGCAGAGACAGCGACGACCAAGACAACCGAGACGCCACCGCCGGGCCCCCAUGGCGGCUACCAAGGACAGUCAUGAGGAUCACGAUACCUCCACUGAGAAUGCAGACGAGUCCAACCACGACCCCCAGUUUGAGCCAAUAGUUUCUCUUCCUGAACAAGAAAUUAAAACACUGGAGGAAGAUGAAGAGGAACUUUUUAAAAUGCGGGCCAAGCUAUUUCAAUUUGCUUCAGAGAAUGACCUCCCAGAAUGGAAGGAGCGAGGCACUGGUGAUGUCAAGCUCCUGAAGCACAGGGAGAAAGGGACCAUCCGCCUCCUCAUGAGGAGGGACAAGACCCUGAAGAUAUGCGCCAACCACUACAUCACGCCAAUGAUGGAGCUGAAGCCGAAUGCUGGUAGUGACCGUGCCUGGGUCUGGAACACCCAAGCCGACUUUGCUGAUGAGUGCCCAAAGCCGGAGCUGCUCGCCGUCCGCUUCCUAAAUGCUGAGAAUGCACAAAAAUUCAAAACAAAGUUUGAAGAAUGCAGGAAAGAGAUUGAAGAGAGAGAUAAGAAAGCAGGACCAGGCAAAAAUGAUAGUGCCGAAAAAGUAGCUGAAAAGCUGGAAGCUCUUUCUGUGAAGGAGGCUGGAGACAAGGUGGAAGAGAAAUCGGAGGAGAAGCAAUGAGUUAAUCUUCCCUCCUUCUUUUCUUUUUUAAAAAAAAAUUUUGCCC